CAUAACUAAAGUUGCAGCUAGUUUACAGUAAAACACUAUUUAUACUAUCAUUCCUAUACAUAGGAAUUAUGAAUAAAUCCUAAAAAAAAUUCAUUCUCUCAAUAGUUUCAAAAGUCAACAUAUCACGAGUAUUCAGGGCCUGAUAACGCCUUUGUCCGUAACACAUUUAUAAUUGGGAGAUCCCAAACCCAGUCAAAUCAGAAGUCAGGAAUAAAAGAGUUCAAAGAUAUACUUGUAAGGCGGCCAGUAUGUCGAGAACUGAUCUAAACUGGUUAGCUGUUGCGGUAUAUGCGUAGUACGGCGUAUUCAAUCAUGGUUUGAUGCGUAUAGGUGACCGAACACCUUCAACUAGGGUGUAUCCAGUAAAACCAAUGAGGUCAGCAUCACUGUUGAUGACCUACAGGAUUAUUUAUUUUGUGGAUUUGUUUACCUUUACAGAAGUAAUAUAGUCUGACUAACCGGAUUUGAAUUCCUUCAGUUGAGCUAGAGGAAUCAGUAGUUAAUAAGAUUUUAAUUUUUCUUCCAUCAUUUAACACUACAUCUACUUCCCACUUGAGUGUAAUGAUGAUAGACAAGUUACCGUCAAACUGAUUGAUUGUAGUCUAAUAAUGUCUAAAAGUAUCUUCAGAUGAGAUGACAGAAGUACUUUAAAUCUUUGUAAUAAACACAUUGUGCACAUUUGAAUCCAUUAUUAAUUAAUAAAUUACUGUAUAACAUAUAGUGAAUUGUAACAUGACCAAAAUUACUGUUUACAUGUAUUAACCAUAGUAUAACCAUUCGUUGAACUGAGUUCCUAUAUAAGCUGACAUUAGCAUUAGAGAAAAUUGUAACAAGUUUAUGGAGACGAGUUAUUAGUCUAUAAAAUUGACAUGUAAAUAAACAGAGAAGUACUUUAGGUAUACUGAUGUAUAUUGUCGCUGGAAAAAAAGUCACAGGAUUGUGAUAAAUUUUGAAUUACCUAACAGUUAAAGUGUGGUGUGUGCUGUUGAUGUCGACAGAUAUAAGUAGUACGUAUCAUCAAUCGAAAUGGACUACAUGGCAGCAGAAGGUUGAGAAAAUCUAAGAGAAAAGAACGAAAACAGAGAGUGAUUGAUAUGGAAACGAAGGAACAACAAAGUCUGAGACAGUUGAUGGAUAUUCCGCAAAUGAAGUAUUAUUGUAUAGUUCUCAGAUUCUACCAAGAUAUUCUGUAAUGUUGCAAUAAAAUGUAUUCGGUUGUCCGAUUUGGUGUUCGCGUUCACUACUACAGUACUAUUUUGGAGGUGAAAUGUAUUUCUAAAUAACUAUCUAUUGAGGUAUAUCUCCAUUAAGUCAAAUGUGCCGUAUGCAGUAUUCCUGUACAUUAGCAGAGGAUAGUGGAUUUUUUUCAGCUUAUCCAAUUGCACAUGAAAUUAUGCACAGUCUUGGUGUUGAACAUGAUGGUGAAGGAAAUAGUUGUGAUCGUUCAGGUUCCACAGGAAAUAUAAUGGCUCCAUUAAUUUUAUCCGCAGGUCAUAAUCAUCAUUGGAGUGAUUGUACACGAUUAGUACUUCAAAAUGGUCUUGAAGCACAGAAAUUUACUUGUCUUCAAGAUUUUCCAAUAUUUAAACAGGAAUAUAUGAGUUUUGAUUUGCCUGGUUGGCAAUGGUCACUUGAUCAACAAUGUUUUGUUAUAUCUGGAUCCAAUAUAAGUCAACAUUGUCCUGGAGUUGGAGAAUACGCCUGUCAAGAGUUAUGGUGUUCAAUGACUGGUUCAAAAGAUCAUUGUGAUAAAAUGUUAAAUCAUGGUCUACUAGAUGGUACUCCAUGUGGUGAGAAAAAGGAAUGCUUCCAUGGUGAAUGCAUCGAUUUGAAUCCUCAGAAACUAGAAAUCAAUCAAAGAUCAAAUCAGUAUACAUCCUGGUCAGCUUGUUCACGAACCAAUGGGAUCGGUACACGUUAUCGUACACGAAAAUGCUCUAAUAGAAAUCAAAACAAAUGUGAAUUCAAUGAUAAUGAGAGUAUGUUUGAAUAUGAAUUAUGCGGUAAAAACACAGAUGAAGAUAAUUUAAAAUCCAUAGAUUAUCGGGAAGAACAAUGUUCACGAUUUGAUCAAUUUAAAUUAAGAGGAAUAUAUCAUAAAUGGUUACCUUAUAUUUAUUCUCAAAGACCAUGUAGUUUAAGUUGUUAUUCAUUACAAAGUGGUCAAAUUCUUGAUGCAUCAAUGUCAGUUAGAGAUUCAACGCCAUGUACAUAUGAUAAUCCUGAUGCACGUUGUAUACAAUCAGUUUGUAUUAAUUUCGACUGUCUUGGUCAGGUAAAUGGCACUGCUAGAAGAGAUCAAUGUGGAGUUUGCCAGGGGAAUAAUUCAACUUGUACUUUUAUACAACAUAGAAUUCAAAGAGUUCUUCCAUUGAAUGAAGAAUAUCGUAUGCUAUACGUGAUUCCACGAUAUGCAAGACAUUUAAAAAUUUCAAAGAAUUACGGUAAUCAUGUAUUAGGCCUAUUCGACAUGCAACAUUUCCAAUUCUUUCUAAAAGGUGAUGAAUUAGAACUGGGCACUAAAUUAAGACGUGUUUAUUUUGCAACAGAGUUUGUAAUUGAUCCAGGGAAUCCAAUGAGUAAAUCAGCCGACAGUUUCAUUCAAAUUCAAACAAAAGGAACAAUUUAUGGAGAUGUCGCUAUUCAAGCCAGAAAUCUAAACAUUCUUGAAAAUCUCGAUCCCUUAGAUGUGGAAAUAAGUUAUGUUCUACCAUUAAGUAAUGACCACUAAUUUCUGGAAAUUGUUAACAAUGCUGCAAAUGUACUUAAACAUUAUUUCAGAAGUAUAAAAGAAUACAACAAAAUAUAUUUUAGUCAUUUGUAGACCCAUGUUUGAUACAUUACAAUUAUUGUUGUGGCAUGUGGCAAAGUCCGACUCAAACGUCCUUGUCGUGCCUCCUGGAUCAUGGCAACCAUCACAUGUACUAAUGUGAGCGGUAAUGUUGGUGGUAGAGAUCGACCUAAUCAACCACUCUACCUGUACCCUCAAACGAUUACGAAUGCUACAAAGAGUCAUUGCAUAACUAUUGAGGAUUCACAAGGAUGGCAAAAUAAUGAGUCUGCCCAAAAACAAACAAACAAAAAGCCGAAUGAGAGUGUUAUGUAAUGGUUCUGCGUAAGCAGUUCAAAAGCAGCUAUUCCGCCCCGGUAGUUGUGCCAUGCUUCGAUAUAGCACUCUUCUCCAGAAGGGCCUACUAAGCUUCACCAUGUUCCUAUGGCUGGAAGGAGGAAUGUACAACGUGGAUAAUCUAGUCUUUUAAAGUACACAUUAUUCAAACAAACUUAUCUAAGCAAUAUAGAUAACCUCUGAGAAUCUUAAGUACAAUCCUGUGCAUACAUACUAUGGUAGACCUCGACAAUCUUCGGAACUGUGUCCAUUGCUUCAGUAGACGUUGUCAAUAGAAUAUAUCUUAAUACACAUUUCCAAUAAACACUAAAUUUUCU